GGUCACGACGCUGAUAUGCCGGAGAUCCGCCUCCGUCAUGUCGUGUCCUGCAGCAGCCAGGACUCGACCCACUGCGCAGAAAACCUUCUCAAGGCGGACACAUACCGGAAAUGGCGGGCAGCCAAGGCAGGAGAGAAGACCAUCUCCGUGGUUCUCCAGCUAGAGAAGGAGGAGCAGAUACACAGCGUGGACCUUGGGAAUGACGGUUCCGCCUUUGUGGAGGUGCUGGUGGGCAGCUCAGCUGGAUCCGGUGGAGAGCAAGACUACGAGGUCCUUCUCGUCACCUCUUCUUUCAUGUCCCCUUCCGAGAGCCGCAGUGGCUCCAAUCCCAACCGCGUUCGCAUCUUCGGGCCUGACAAGUUGGUGCGGGCGGCAGCUGAGAAGCGCUGGGACCGUGUCAAAAUCGUCUGCAGUCAGCCCUACAGCAAGGACUCCCCCUAUGGUCUGAGCUUUGUUCGCUUCCACAGCCCCCCAGACAAGGACGAGGCAGAGGCCUCACCCCAGGUAAGCUGUGUGACCAAGCUGGGCCAGUUCCGGGUGAAGGAGGAAGACGAGGGUGGUAGCUCCCUGAGACCCGGAGCGCUCUUCUUCAGCCGGGUCAACAAGACAUCCCCAGCCACAGCCAGUGACCAGGCAGGACCCAGCUAUGCAGCUGCUACUCUUCAGGCCUCCAGUGCGGCAGCCUCAGCCACCCUGGCCUCCAGGGCUGUGGGCAGUACUUCCAAGCCUCAGGAGUCCCCCAAAAGGAAGAGGAAGUUGGAUUUGAACCAAGAAGAACGAAAGACCCCCAGCAAACCAUCAGACCAACCCUUACCACCCACUCUCAAGAAGCCCAAAUUACCAGUGCUGACUCGCACCCCUGCCCCUGCCUCAGCCCCAGCCCCAGCACGUCGGGCUGUGCCCAGGAAGCCCCAGGGAGAAGGCUCUGAGGCCAGAGCACCUCACACCACCCCCCAGGAACUGAGCAAAAUCCUUCAGGGCGUGGUGGUGGUGCUGAGUGGCUUCCAGAACCCCUUCCGCUCGGAACUCCGGGACAAGGCCCUUGAGCUGGGGGCCAAGUAUCGGCCAGACUGGGCCCCAGACAGCACCCACCUCAUCUGUGCUUUUGCCAACACCCCAAAAUACAGCCAGGUCCUGGGCCUCGGCGGCCGGAUCGUGCGGAAGGAAUGGGUUCUGGACUGUCACCGCAUGCGCCGGCGGCUGCCCUCUCGGAGGUACCUCAUGGCGGGGCCAGGCUCAAGCAGCGAGGAUGAGGGGGACCCUCACAGUGGCGGCAGCGGAGAUGACGCCCCCAAGCUUCCUCACAAGACCAAGGCCAGGCCCCCUCAGGCAGCUGGACCCAGCUCACCCCAGAGGUCCCCAAGUCCUGAAGAGACCAAACCAGCCACGCCAGGGACCCAGGAGUAUAGCGACACUGAGGGGGAACUGUCAGAAGGACAGGACAAUGGGGCAGAAGAUUCUGGGGACACGGAGGAUGAGCUGAGAAGGGUGGCCGAGCAGAGGGAACAGAGGCAGCCCCCAGACCAGGGGGAGAAUGGGGACGACCCAUAUGCGGGCUCCACAGACGAGAACACGGACAACGAGGGUCCCCCCGAGUCUCCCAGCCUGCCAGUCCCGGAGCUCCCAGACUUCUUCCAGGGCAAAUGCUUCUUCCUGUACGGGGAGUUCCCCGGAGACGAACGGCGGAAGCUCAUGCGAUACGUCACAGCCUUCAAUGGCGAGCUUGAGGACUAUAUGAGUGACCGGGUCCAGUUUGUGAUCACUGCACAGGAGUGGGACCCCAGCUUUGAGGAGGCCCUGAUGGACAACCCUUCCCUGGCCUUCGUCCGCCCCAGAUGGAUCUACAGCUGCAAUGAGAAGCAGAGACUACUCCCCCACCAGCUAUAUGGGGUGGUGCCCCAGGCCUGA